UGCCGUAGCUGUAUCCUUCUAGCCACAACCCAUUGGAUCCUCCUUCACCUGCAAAUAUAGCGAAGUAAGCUGCUACCUCGUUAUCUUUUUGGUUUUGAUUUAGCUUUGUAAGAUAAACCGAUGCUAGUUAAAUUGCCUAAAAACCAUUGGAAUGUUUCGUCACGUAAAAACAAGUUGUACAGAGGAUAAGCUUUUGACUACAGAACUAACCAAACAGGAAUGUCACUUCACAUGGAAUAUGAAUAAGAAAGACACAAACAUCACUGAUCAUUUAAUUAAACUAGAGGACAAUCUUGACUUAGGUCUGGGUGAUAAGGCAGGAACCGCACGCACACACAACUCUGUGGCAUACGUUAAGUAUUUGUUGGGUUCUUAUAAAGAAGCUCUAACAAACUUGAAGAAAUCUGUGGAGCUCACUAAAGAUUUUUAUGGGGACAACUGCGAUGAGAAGCUCAUUGUCACUUAUGGAAAUUUUGCCUGGUUACACUUUCACAUGACACAGUAUGCUGAAUGCAAAAGUUACCUGGAAAAACUUAAGGAUAUCAAAGAAAAAAACUCAGCCGUCUCCCCUUCUGCUCUUCAUACUCAAGUUCUUGGUGAGAAGGCCUGGGCCUUGUUUAAAUUUUCACGCAAAUACUACAGCAGAGCACGGGAGUGUUUUAAAAAGGCAUUGGAGUUGGAGCCAGAAGAUGGUGAGUGGAAUGCUGGUUAUGCCAUUGUCCUAUACAGGACAGAAACUAAAUGUGCGAGUCUGGAGGAUUCAUCUGCCUUAAAACAACUUAGACGGGCGAUGGAAACAAACCCUGAUAAUGAUGAACUGAAGCUUCUUUUAGCUCUGAAACUCGCUGAAUUUAAGCUGUUUCAUGAGGCUGAGGAUCUGGUGGAAAGGGCUCUUGAGAUGUCUCCAGAUAGUCCACGUGUGAUUCGAUAUGUGGGGAAAUACCUUAGAAACUAUGGGUCUGUAGACCGGUCUAUUAGCCUUUUAAAAAGAGCAUUGGAUGUUUCUCCAAAUUCAGCAUUCAUACACCAUCAGUUGGCUCUUUGCUAUAAACAGAAAAAAGAAAAAUUCAGGAAGCAGCCUGAGAGUCAGACAUUUUGUCAUUUAAGCAUCUCACAUUUUGAAAAGGCAAUCACUCUAAAGAGUGGGUUUAUCAUUGCAAUGACACAACUCGCAAUUCUCUACGGUGAGGACGGACAAAUCGAUCAGGCUGAUGAAGUUUUUCAAACAGCCUUGUUCACAGCUAAGGAGAAAAUGGAGGGAGUUCAAGCACUUAACUUGUAUUAUGGGGAGUUCCUGCAGUACAGAAAAAGAGAUAAACAUCAGGCCAUCAAAUACUAUAAAGAUUGCUUGAAAAUGAAUCCAGGUACUCUAGAUGGGAAGAAAAGUGCUAAGAAUCUGAGGAAGAUUGCUAACAAGCGUUUAUCUUAUAACAUAAAUGACACAAUGGCUUUCGAGAUACUUGAAUUUAUCAAGCAGGUAACAGGUAAGAAACAAUUCACUGCAGAUGGCUGUGAGCAUCUUCUGGAAUCUACAAGCAGUUAAACAUACCUGUAGUACAAAAACAGAUUUAAAAGGUUUAAGAUGUGUAUUAUUGGACACAUACUGUAGGGGCCUAUAUAUGAGCUGCUAUGGGCUUGUUUAGUCUGACGUCAUGCACCGCUUCUGGGUACAACUGAUCUCAAAUGCCAUAGGGAAAUUACAAAAAAUCACGCUAAUAUUCACUUGUAUCAUAAUGCAAAACUACCAAAAGCACACAAUCCUUUUUAUAUUUCCAAAACAAAAUCCAAGAUAACCAGACAUAGUGAUUCCGUGAGGUUAUAGACUAUUGUGUACACUGCGAGUUUAUAAAAGUUCAGCUUAAAUGUGUGAUAUGAAUAAAUAGUGCUCAUUAAUUGCUGUUAAAAUAAGGCUUGGAGCCAGAAACAGUAUUUCCUACAGGAUGACCAAACAAGCCCAUUGUAUUUGAGUUUCCAAGUGCAGUUGUAGACUGAAGACAAGUGAAGCUCAUACUGUAUAUAAUCAUAUAUAACAUAAUCACAUGUCAGCUUUCUCUCUAAAUCACCUACUAAAACAGCUUUACAGGAAACCAUGCCUUAAUGGAAUAUCUUGAUUGCUUAUAACAUUUUAUGACAUGUCUUAACAUCUUUACCUUCAUCAUAAACUAUGAAUUCAGAUCUAGCUAUUUUUUUUGUUUACUUUACUAAAAUAUCACAAGAUGACAGAAAAACAACUGGCCAAUUUCAUGCAAAUGUCAUCAUUAUUAUGAAAGAUAAAGUCUUUACCCAACGUUUUUAACCACACUGAUAAUGUCAAUAUUUGAUGGUUUAAUGUAUUUUGUUUUAUUAUUUUCCAUAGUUAAGUAAGUGUACAUUUCAGAAUUUACACAUCCAUAACAUUGUUUCUUCAUCAUAAUUGCACAUACAAACAUUUAAAUAAAAAGAUUAAAUAUUCUUUGAAGAGCCUUCUCUUCUUCAUUUGUUGGGUAUUGUGGCACCUGGUUUGUGCCUUUAAAAUCACAUAAUUCCUACAAAAUAUUUUGUCUCCCAAAAACGUGUCACUUGUUUGUCACAUCAAUGCAUGCAUGUUUCCCUCAUCUUAAAUAAACUCGUUUAUAGACUGGUAUUUUUCUCUUAUUAUCUAGGGGCAGCUUCUCGGACAGGGAUUAUCUUAAGACAGGACAAGGCCUUAGUUUAAUUAACAUAACUAGUUUUAAAAAACAUGCUUUAAUAAACUUAGUUGCAUUUUGAGGCAAAACAAAGGGCUAUGAUGUAUUUUAAGAUAUGUCAGUACAAGUUGUUUUCAGUUUGGACGGCUCUUACAUUUAGUUUAGUCAAGGACUAGUCUAAUCCCUGUCUGGGAAAUUACUCCCUAGGGUUUAGGAAAAUAUAAACUGAUACAAACCGUAUUUAAAGACUGCAAAUGUUACAUCCAUAACACUGGAAUUGCUUAACUGAGCGUAGUAUGGACUAGUGUACUGCU